GCAAUCGAUUUCAGUCAACUUCACUUCUGCAAGAGCUGCACCGGCAGACAUGUUUCGCAAUCAGUACGACAACGAUGUUACGGUUUGGAGUCCUCAGGGGCGUAUUCAUCAAAUUGAAUAUGCCAUGGAGGCAGUGAAACAAGGCUCAGCUACAGUGGGCCUGAAGUCUAGGACUCAUGCAGUACUUGUGGCACUGAAGAGAGCUCAGUCAGAGUUGGCUGCUCACCAGAAGAAGAUCCUUCAUGUUGACAACCACGUGGGCAUUUCCAUUGCAGGUCUCACUGCCGAUGCGAGACUUCUCUGCAACUUCAUGCGUCAGGAGUGCCUGGACUCAAGGUUUGUGUUUGAUCGACCUCUGCCCGUGUCUCGUCUCGUCUCGCUAAUUGGAGGCAAAACCCAGAUUCCAACACAGAGGUAUGGUAGGAGGCCAUAUGGAGUUGGGCUGCUUAUUGCUGGUUACGAUGAUAUGGGUCCUCACAUCUUCCAGACGUGUCCUUCAGCAAACUACUUUGACUGCAAGGCAAUGUCGAUCGGAGCACGUUCCCAGUCUGCACGUACAUACCUGGAGCGAAAAAUGGACAGUUUCCUGGAUUGCAGCCUGAAUGAGCUGGUCCAGCAUGGUCUUCGUGCUUUGCGAGAGACCCUCCCUGCUGAACAGGACCUGACAACAAAGAAUGUGUCCAUUGGGAUUCUUGGCAAGGAUAUGGAGUUCACCAUCUAUGAUGAUGAUGAUGUCGCCCCAUUCCUUGUCGGCCUUGAAGAGAGGCCUCAGAGAAAGGUUGCUCAGCCAGCAGAAGAGGCAGCUACAGAGAAAGCAGAUGAGCCGAUGGAGCACUAAUCUGGAACCAGGCUCCUGCACAGAGAUUUUUGUGGCCAAGAACCCCCACCAAAACAAGCUUUUCCAUUAUGUCAAUAUUGUUCCUAUCUGAUUUUUCUUUGUGACAUUUCUGUUCUGGUAGCAAAAAUAGCCAAAAAUGAAAAUACAUCUUUUUCUGAAAGUAAA